CCGGGAGGCGGCACUGGGACCACAUGGCAUCCGCAGAAACAAGGUUUGACCGAUGUAACUGGAGGUAGGUAUUAUACAUGGACGUUCCUGCACCUAAUUCUUCUACCUUUCCUUGACAUCAACUUUGCCCCAAUCAAGCAAUUGAUAGUUGCUAAGAUGAAGAUGCUACUCUCUUCAUUGCUCGCGGCGCUGCCCCUCGCCUCUGCCUUGCACAAGCCGUACCCAGCAGAGGCACCAGGCGUGCUCAAUCCACUAGGCCUUGGUCAAGAUCCCGCGCCGGUGAAAUGGCACAACACCUCCUCCGGCCAGGAUGUAUAUUUGUUCCCUGAUAUCAACUUCGGGAAAUUAGUGUAUUUGCGCGUCUCAAGCAAUCUGUCUGAGGUGCAAUACGACGAGUCGAACAACCAUACAAUCUACACCUUCGCCGACAACAUCGCAACCGAAGCUCCCGAUCUCAGUCAACUUGCCGACGGCAAAUGGGUCAUGUACAUCUCUGCGGUCUCGAUCAACACCAUCUUCGUCAUCCAGUCCGACACCACCGACCCUCUCGGUAGCUGGACAACGUACGGAAACGUCAGGCAUAAUGGUCAGGACAUCGUUGGCUAUGAUGCUCACGGAUUGAACCUGCCCAACGGCGACCGCUACCUCGUCUGGUCGACGUCUUUCCACGCUCCGCCUUCCAUCUCCAUCAUCAAACUCCAGAACAUCACGGAUGCGGUGCCGGGAACUCCCCUGAGCGCCAUCGUUACGCCCACCGAGUAUUAUGAGAUGAAUGAAAUUCCCAAUGGCAACUACACCUACCCAGGCCAUCCGUGCUGCAACGCGCCCGUAGUCGAAGCGCCUAGCUCUUGGGUGAUCAACAAUACCAUCAAUCUUGGAUAUGCCUCGAAUUGGUACGCGGAUGCCACCUACAACACCCUCAUCACAACCGCGACGCUGGGCUCCGAUCUGCUGGAUCCAUCGUCCUGGACGAAAUCCCCGUACAACCCAAUCCUGCACUCCAACUUCUUCUCCUACACCUACGGCCCCGGCUCCGGCGGCUUCUUCACCGGCCCGGACAAUGACGUCUGGUUUGCCUACGGUGCCACUAACAACGCCUCCGGCUUCACUGGUGGGCCAAAUAUCAGGACGGUGCGUGCGCAGAAGAUGGGCUAUGAUCACCAGGGGCGGAUUUUGAUGACUACGCCUGUGAAUGCCACUCGGCCUAUUCCUGGCAGCAACUACACGGACUACCCGUCAUCUUGAAAGGCUACAAAGAAGUAGAAAUUGAAUGUGUACAUAUAUCUGUAGUGCAAAGAGACAAACAGUAACUACCUG